UAUUUCUUUUCUGAGAUUAUUUAUAUUACAUUUUGUAUUCCUUCAUAUGUCUUAGGUUCGUUUAGAACGAAUUAUCGUGAUAUUUCUACGCAGUUUUUCAUUAUAUUUAACAUUUAUUAAUUCAUCUUUCCUAUCGUAUAAAAAUCGAAAAUCUUAAAUCUUACGAUGACUAACAUUAUUAAAAGUGACAAUGAAGUUCUCAUAUUGUUAGGCGAAGAGGUUACUUCCGAUGGAUUAUCUGAUUUUAUUGCAAAGAUUAAAAUUCUUGUCGAAAAGAUUGAUCAAGUGUCAGUCAUCAAUUUAAAUGAAUUAAAAAAGUGUAACUAUAAUGGAUCUUCCAUUGACGUGAUUUUAUUCAUUAUUAAACAAUCAUCUUUAAAUGAUAAUGAAGUACUCAUAGAAUUGUUAAAAUUAUUGAAACAAAAUGGUAAACUAAUAAUCUAUGAGUCACUUUCAUUAGAAAAGAAAUUAGAGAACAGGCUAACUUUCAAGGAAAGAUUAUCUAGAUUGAAAUUAGCUGGUUUUCUUAUAAAUGAUAUAAAUCCUAGAAAAGUAGAUAAAGAAAUAGCAGAACUUUUAUCUAAUAUAUUUGAAAAUGUUCCUAACAUAUGUGAGAUAAUAGCACAGAAACCAUCUUUUGAGAUUGGUUCUAGUGUGGCUUUAAAUUUGAAACAAAAAGAAAGUAAUAUAUGGAAAUUAGAUAAUGUCGUUGAAGAUGACUUGAUAGAUGAGGAUGAACUUUUAGAUGAAGAUGAUAUUGUCAAACCUGAUAUCACCAGUUUAAAAGUAUGUGGGACAACGGGUAAACGAAAAGCAUGUAAGGAUUGUACAUGUGGAUUGGCGGAAGAGUUAAAUGGUAAAGCAGAAGAGAAAGGAAUUCAAAAAUCAUCCUGUGGAAAUUGUUAUUUAGGUGAUGCUUUUCGUUGCGCAAGCUGUCCUUAUCUUGGCAUGCCAGCAUUUAAACCUGGAGAGAAAAUUGUUUUACCUGAAAGUCAGCUAAUUGCUGAUACAUAAUUUAUUUUAUGAUCUUUUUUAAUUAUUAUAAAAAUAAUAUUGUUUUGAGUAUUAAAUAUUUCAGGUCAUUAGAUUUAGUAUACUUAUUGGUGGUUAUAGUAUUAACUUAAACAUUAGCUUCUCUUUCUAAUUUAUAUUUAAAUAAGAAAAUCUAUAAAAAUGAAUGAACAAUUAUUUUCUGUGGAAAAGGAGUAAUAUAAAUAAAAAAUAAUCAACGACCCUUAA